AUGCCUACUCGUAAAUUGAGUCGUAAUGGGCCUGAAGUAUCAGCGGUUGGCUUUGGUGCAAUGGGUCUGUCAGCAUUUUAUGGUAGCGUUGCUUCUGACGAAGAACGAUUCAAGGUUCUCGAUCGAGUAAUCGAGCUCGGUAUUAUAUACAUCGACAGUUCCGAUAUCUAUGGUGAUAGCGAAGAUUUAAUUGGGAAAUAUUUCAAGAAAUAUCCGCAUCAACGUCAAAAGGUAUUGAUUGCUACCAAGUUCGGUCUCGCACCUUCUUCGGAUAAAAGCCGCUCUGUGCGAGGAGAUCGUGAAUUUAUUCGUCAGUCAUGUGCAAACAGUCUUCAGCGUCUCGGUAUCGACUCGAUCGAUCUGUAUUAUGCUCAUCGAAUCGACAAAACUACUCCAAUUGAAGAAACUAUGGCUGCAUUGAAAGAGCUUGUCAACGAAGGCAAGAUCAAAUACGUCGGAUUGUGUGAAUGUUCUAGUAAUACUAUACGGCGUGCUCAUGCUGUUUAUCCACUGUCGGCCGUACAAAUCGAAUAUUCCCCGUUCAGCUUGGAAAUCGAACAUGAAGAUAUUGCUGUACUGAAAACAUGUCGAGAACUUGGUAUAACAAUUUUCUGUUAUUCACCAUUAGGUCGUGGCAUACUUACCGGUCAAAUAAAAAGUCCAGAUGAUUUCGACGAUGGUGAUUUUCGUAAGCGUUGUCCACGUUUUUCAAAAGAAAACUUUCCUAAGAAUCUACAGUUAGUCGAAACACUCUCGGUCCUGGCGAAGAAAAAGGGUUGCACUACCGGUCAAAUAACAUUAGCAUGGAUUCUUGCACAAGGUAAUGAUUUCAUCCCAAUACCAGGCACAACAAAAAUCAAAAAUUUGGAAGAGAAUGCGGCAGCAGCACUGAUCAACUUAAGUAACGAAGAAGAAAGAGAAAUUCGAAAUGCCUGCGAAAAAGCCGAUGUGGCAGGGGAACGGUAUGCGGAUGGACUAGAUGGAAGU